AUGGCCAAUAAUGCAAAUCCUGCACUUCCAGAUGGUACAGGAAAAGGAACAAUAAUUUCAUCUCUCACUAAGGAGGAAUUGACAACUUUGGUGACAAGAAAAACAAAAGAAAUGGCAGCAGUAUCAAACAAAAUAACAGCACCAAUGCCAACAUUAACAGAAACACCCAUAGAGCUAACAAAAGGAGCACAAACAAAAUCAGUAACAACAACAGUAGAAAAGGCAACAGCAAUAUCUCAUAUAAAAACAAGAGCUGCCGAAACAGCAACAUUUGUAGCACCAGCAGCAUCAUCAGUGACUAUAGUAUCAGCAUCAGUACCAACAGAAGUUGCAGCUCCAACAAAAUUAGCGUCAUCAGCACCAACAACACCAACAAUAUCUGCAGCACAAACAACAGUAUUGGAAGUGGUACCAUCAACAGAAGCUUUAACAGUAACAUCACAAACUGUAACAGCAGCUUCAUCACCAACAAUAGCAGCAGCUCCAGCAGUAACAACACUACUGCUUAAAAGCAGGGAUGAAACCUGCAGUAGAAGAUGCAGUCUCAGAUGUUGUGGAUAG